AAGGAUGUCUUUAUGGCAAUAUUUAAUCAAUCAAAAAACUACAAGUGGAGAAUUAGACAAUUCUUUGGAUUCAUUACUGCCCGAUCCUAAUGUAGAAAAAGACGCUGAAACAGCGAAAACUGUCACCGUUGCAAAUUCAUCAGUUAAAGACGUUUUGCAGUCUCCUAACCGAAAAAGAAAACGUGGCGAAUAUUCAAAUAAUUCAUCCGAGCAGAGAGCUAAAAUAGCAAGAUAUGCUUGCGAACAUGGGAAUACCAGUGCUGCAAAACAUUUUUCUAAAUUGUUGGAUAAAACAAUAAAUGAAAGUACUGUUAGAUCUAUGAAAAAACAAUAUAUCGAUGAAAUGAACAAAACACCAGAGAAAAAAAUUGUGGAAUUGAGCAGAAGUCCGAAAGGUCGCCCAAAAUUACUUGGAAAAUACGACGAAGAAGUUGUGGAUUACGUCAAAAAACUUCGUGCAACGGGUGCAAUAGUAAACAAACAAAUUUUGAUAGCCUGUGCUACGGGAAUCUUGGAGCAUAAGUGCAGAAGUAUGCUACAGGAGAAUGGUGGACAUAUUUCUCUUCAUAGAUCUUGGGCCGAGUCUUUUCUUAGGAGAAUCGGUUUCAUUAAACGGAAAGGGACAAAAGCAGCACGCAAAGUGCCUGCUAAUUUUGAUGAACUUAGGGUAGAAUUUCUCGGCAGUGUUUCAAAAAUUAUAACUGAAAAUAACAUUCCCGAAGAAUUAGUGAUGAACUUUGACCAAACAAAUAUCAGUAUAAUUCCAUGUGGGAAUUGGACAAUGGUGGAAGAAGGGUCAAAGCAAGUUGAAAUUACUGGUCUCGAGGAUAAACGCCAGAUUACGGCUCUUUUAACAUGCACCAUGGCAGGGAAUUUACUCCCCCUCAACUACUGUAUCAAGGGAAAACUGAUCAAUGUCACCCUCCAGUGAAAUUUCCUAAAGGUUGGGAUAUUCAUCAUUCCGAAAACCACUGGUCAAACGAACAAACUAUGUUUUGAUUUAUUGACACUAUUCUAUUGCCGUACAUUCACGAACAACGUGACCGUUUAAA